UUUCAAACCAAUCUAUCUGGCCUUUUUUUUAUUGCUUUGCUUAUGAUUGUACACGGAGGCUAACUUUUAGCACUACCACGUAUCAUUUGACGUUUCCACUAUCCGAUGCUCUAGUGGGGGUCUUGGUUCGAAGCGUUGACUUUCCAAAGACACUUGGAUAUGGAUGGCGUCGCCGGCGAGGUGAUGGCGAGAGAUGCCUGGGCGUCAAUUCCUUCAAGCCUGCUGCGUGCUGAACUUCAGAGACGACAAAACGACGGCGAGAAGCCCCAAUGUGGCGGACACAACUCGGGAUGGUACGACACGGCCGCGCACGUCUUUGCGCUGCUCCUGAUACUUGUCCUUAGCACGCUUGCUUGCGGCCUCCCUCUGUUCUCACGGCGAGCAACGACGGGACAUCGACAAAAGGAGAUAUUGUUCUACAGCCAGCAUAUCGGCACUGGUGUCCUCAUUGCCACGGCUUUUGUACACCUCCUUCCGACUGCCUUCUCAUCCCUGACCGACCCAUGUCUGCCGUAUUUCUUCAGCAAGGGAUACACUCCUUUGCCAGGACUCAUUGCCAUGAUCUCCGCCCUGGUCGUCGUGGGAGUCGAGUCGUAUUUGACGGCUCGAGGCGCAGGCCAUUCGCAUUCGCAUGCGCACGACUUCUGGGACGAGAACGACGAGGCCGAGGGCGAUGCACAGGAGCUGCAUUUAUCCAGAGAGAAUCUAGCCGACAGACGAGCGCGUAUGACUGGACGACGAGCAGCGGACAUGGAUAUUUCUUUAGGUGAUUUGGAGGCAUCAGAAGGCCUUGUCGCCGGCGUUUCUCCCUUGCCGGAGUCGAGCCCGGUGGUGCCACGGCGCAAAUCCACCGAACAUGCGGACGACGAUGAUCGAGACUCCGAUCUCGACUUGGAUCUAGGGGAACUUGACCCUGCUCCGGCUGGCGGCAGCGCACAGAAUGGCCAGUACUCUUCGCUUGCGAAGCCCAACGGCGCCUCAGGCCGCCGACACUCCCUAGACGGUAACCAGCUACAGUCCCCAGAGGAGCAAAAGCGUCGGAUGUUGCAGUGUCUGUUACUGGAGGCGGGCAUCCUGUUCCACAGCGUUUUCAUAGGAAUGGCCAUCUCUGUGGCUACGGGCCCCGCAUUUAUCGUGUUCCUGGUUGCCAUCAGCUUCCACCAGUCGUUUGAAGGCAUGGCCCUGGGAAGCCGAAUCGCAACGAUCCAGUUCCCCAAAGGAUCCAUCCGUCCUUGGCUGAUGGUUCUCGCCUACGGGACUACCACUCCCAUAGGCCAGGCCAUCGGCCUAGUUCUGCAGAAGAAAUGGGAUCCGAGCAGCGCUACCGGCCUGGUGGUUGUGGGCACUACUAACGCCAUCUCCUCAGGCCUGCUGGUCUAUGCUGGUCUGGUCCAGUUGCUGGCCGAGGAUUUCUUGACGGAGAAGAGCUAUCGCAUUUUAAAAGGCAAGAGGCGCGUACAGGCCUACUUUUCAGUCGUGGCUGGCGCGGCGCUCAUGGCAGCAGUGGGAGCGUUUGCUUAAAGACUUUUGGUAGCGUCGUGUUUUACUCGUAUGUAUUAUAUAUGCAUGCUUCUGCCAAGAAAAAAAAGCGGCUGAGGGGCCUAUUCCUUUCAAAUGUUACGGCGAACAUAAAUUGGUCUUGUUUAAAUCGGAUUUUCUAUGAAAUGUGUACACUAUCGUGUUUAGGCGCUGGUGGAAUAGGAUAGGCAAGCUUUCAUAUAGACUCUUUGUUUUUUCUCUUGGCAUCUAGUUAGUUUUAGAAAGGGGGCCUUGUUGGAACUUUGCAGGCAAUAUUUUUUGCGUUUCCUGAUUUAACCAUUAUUCGC